UUUCUGAAGACGGCGGUACUGCGCUCUCCAGACCUCAGCUGUUUGUUUACAGUUUAUACUCGUCCCGCACGCUGCUGUUCCCGCCACCCAACUCAUGUCAUGUGCUUCCCCUGAACUAUGAACCCUGCAGCUGGCAAAGGAAUGUGGGCCUCCAUGGUGUCGCUGGCCCAGGCAGUGCAGCGGGCCGUGGUGGAGACCAAUGGCGGUACACCAGAGGCUCUGGAGGCCAGCCAUGACUUGGAGCUGGUACUACAAAGGCACCGCAACACCUUCAUCUCCCUCCUGCGCAAUCCUCCCAAGAAUACCAAUGAAAGGCGCACAUUGCUAUGUGCCAAGUCAGAGCCAGUCACACUACCAGGCCACUCUGCACCAGUCAAGCUGUCAGAAUCCUUUGUCAAUGAAGCCAUCAUCAUAGCUGACAUGUUCAACAUGAGCGAGAUGUCAGCCAUGUCACUGCUUCGGUCUGCAGAAGAAGAGUCUACACUUUAUCCAGGGAUUGCAAGAGGGCUGAUUGCUGUUCUCUUCUACUAUGACAGUCGAGUUCACCUGGCCAACUCCCUCAAGACCUUGAUCCAGGCUCGUCAAGGCAUCUCCUGGGUGCUGUUGCCUGACAACGAGGAACUCUCACAAAGUAUCUCAAGAUAUUUGGAACCUGUUUUGACCAUUAAUUUAGUUGAUAGAAUUCUUGAACUCAUCACAGCAAUGGACAUCACUAAGGAAAUAGAACUUUUGCAACAGAACUGUGCAUUAGGUGAUGCCAAACAUAGAAAACUAGUAUUGGAUAAAUUUCAAGCAGUGCGCAGCUUGCUUGCUGAUGCAUUGUUUUGCUGGGCUGCACAAACUCCCCUCAAGAGAGAUGAGUGUCGACGGAUUCUGACUCAUUUAUCUAAGGUCAAGCUUACUGAAACCAGUGAUGGCUCAUUAGACCCAGUGAACCUGGCUCUUCUCAUGGCUCUUCUUUACAGUUUGGAAGCAGGUCAUUUGCUGGCAUCAGAGGAUAUGACUGAAGCUCUUUCUCAGUUUCCCAUUACAAAUGAUAAAAAGUUUGUGCAAGAAAUUCAUAGAGAUAUCAAGUCUGAACAAGCUUGGGAAACCCCAGGACUGAAAGCCAUUGUGCAAUUGGCUUGGACUGUGAGUCUUGCCAAUUUAAGACAUGCUGUGCCUACACAUCUCACUGACAUAGAUGCCAUUUUAGAGGAGGAGGAUGUAAUUUUGAAUGAAGCACUGAAAGGCAAAGUAUUUUCAUUCAUUCAAAACUCAAUACUUACAAAGAAGAAUACUCCACUAGAUACAUUUUACUGCCAGCGUCUCCAUGGAAUACUGUCAGACUUUAUCGUCAAUGCACCUGAACGAGUCAAAGCCAUGAAAAACAGAGCUGAUGAAAAUUCGAGACUAAUCACAGCAAAUCUAAGAGAGAGUUUGGAACCUCCUACUAAUCUAGACCAACCAUUUGAGGAGCUCUUGACAUGCUUGGCUGCUCUGUACCAGGAUGGCCAGUGCGGUGAGUUGGUGGAAGACUACUGGUGCCCUAGUGAGAUCCUGCCUACAACCUCACAGCCAUAUCGGGGGCAAGGGUCUCGACAGAUGGCUCUGUUCAAAUUUGUCAGACUUCCUGGAGAUUUCUUGCCUCCUUCACUGUUUGUGCCUUACGUGAAUUUACUUACGAGUCUUGCAACAACAUCUCGAUCUGCUCAGUAUGUGUACAACUUUCUUUUGAUCAACAGCCAGCCACUUUCUCAGGGGAGUAAUUUAGCAUGGGACCACUUCAUGACUGCCUUGAAUCAAUACUACAACAAUUUGAGAUUAGAGGAGCCAGGAGCCAUGGACACCAUGUACCGGGUGCGUGGAGCUCCCCGUGGCAUCACUCCCCAAGAGGUGCAGGGACUCCUGGGAGUGCUGCAGUUGCUUUCCAGGGUGGCUGAACAAGAUGAACUGUCCAGAGUGGCCCUCUGUGACAAUGCUGCUUGGUCCACACUCUAUGUUUGUGUUGGCCUUUUAACAUGUGCAGUGCCCUUAGUUCUAAAAGUUGAGUUGGUAAAUGCUCUUGCUGCAUUCAGCUGCACUCCUGCACUGGCUCAGCGUGUCUGGGAAUUAAUCGAAGGAGCUAAACUGAUCCCACUACAUGAGGGUGUUGCAGGGUAUCAACCUCGGGGAUUGCUUGUUGACAUUGAAGAAGUGGAGUCUAGCAGAGAAGAAUUCCCCUUGACACGAGCAAUUCUCAAGCUGUUGAGCUCUCUUGUACAAGCUGGAAUCCCUCCCAUGCUUGGAGCAGCAACACGGCAGCCUGGUUUUCGUCCAUACUUAGACAUGAUAAGGGACCAGAUAUUUUUGCGGCACAGUUCUCGUACAUACCGCGAUGCCAGUGAACGCUGGGCUGUUGCACGGGGCUGUCUAGAACUUCUGCAUCAACUGUUGACGGAGCAUCUGCACCCCAUCCCCAGUGCUCUGGACCAGAGAACCGGCCAGCCUCCAGGAUACACCAUUCUUUUAGAGAUGGUCCAGGAAUCUCAGCUUCAGAGGCAAGUGUUAUCUGUAUUGCAUGAUGGAGUACAACUAUUGGAACUCCACAAAGAAAUACCUGGACAGAAGGAUCUUCAUGCUAGCCUAUUACUUGUGGUGCAGCUGUUACUUUCCGCACAAGAACAACAACACUUAGUACUUGGACCAUCAACCAAACCCGAGGUGGUGUUGUGUGUGGAACGCUUGCUUAUGGGAAGUAAUGUGCAGUCAGGAGUCAGUGAUCAUCUCUUGAAUAUGGUGCGUCUAGUGAGCCAUCAUCAGGAAUUACCUAAACAUGCUGCCCUAGCAUGCCAGCUCUUGGCCAACUCUGCUGCAAGUCCCAGCUCUCAGUCACAUCUUCUGUCUUUGAUCACUGCUGCUACAUCAACAGCAACCACUGUCAGACACAGCUUUGUAGAAGUGAUAGACCAUGCAGCUCUGAACUUUCCAGAACAUUUAGAAGCUGCAGAUGCAGCAUUGAAAUUACUUCUUAAAUUUCUUAAUCUACCAAUGCCAAAUGUUGCUCACUUCUUACUAGGCUACAUAGCAGAUGACAUGACCACCUUGAGGUCUGACUUGUUAGAUGCUGGUGCUCGUGGUUAUCCUCGUACAGCUCUUCAUGCUGUUUUGGCAGCUUUGCCCUCUUGUCCACCAAGUCUGUCUGAAGUUGCUUAUAAACUGAUAUAUGAACUCUGUAGUGACAGUACAACAUCAGCUGCCACCCUCAGAUACCUGCGGUCUUCUCGAGACCUUCUCUACCGAACAGUUGCCAACAUGGGACCCCCUCACAAUGAUUCAAAACUUCGUCUUCUGUCACAGGGCUGGAUUCUGCGUUGUGUGGCGUUGGAGCUGAGAUAUCAUGCGACACACCAGCAGCGGUCUCAGCUAGCAAGGCUUAUUCACUUGCUGGUUGCUGGAGCAGAAUUAUCUCAACAAGAGCCUCUUGAUGUGUCUCAGGGUUGGGUUGGGGGCAUCAGUGGUGGACGUGGUCCUCUACUAACAUUACUGGAUGCAGUUGAUCUUAGUAUAGAUUCCCCACCUUCCUUACAGUGUGAGUAUGUGCCACGAGCAUCAGAACUUAUCAACAGUUGUGAAACCUCUUCUCCAGAAGGCCCUGUAGUUGACUUGAAAAUGCUCCAUCAAAAAUUAAGAGCGCUCAUACAGGAAGGAAGUUCUGGAGCCUCACUAAGCCAGCAUGACCCACUUCAAGAAGAACUAGAAGCUGUGAUGAAUCAUGCUUUAUGUCUGAACCAGACAAGAGUUCUUCUGUUUGCUCAUAGACACUUCUUGGAGGGUUGGAGACAAGUUGUUGAAGUGGUUGUAGCUGUAACCCCUCCUGAUUUAAUAGAAACAGCAACCCACCACACUUUCCUCCAUACACUUACUCAUGAUCUAACCCGUCGCUUGUUGGAUGACAGUGCUCUCCCUUCCCUUACAACUCAAUUGGUGUCAACAUUACUCAUGUUGGUGACAACACUGAGAACUCUUCAUGCCAGGCCAACACAUCACCAUCCACAGUAUGUUUCCAUGCUGGACAGUGGGAACUCUUCAGGUCAAUCAGAAUUUCCAUCAUCAUUACAGUUAGUGUUGCGUGGACUUGUGGAAUGUGUUGCAAGAUUUAAGCAAUGCAAUCAAGGAGUUCGGGCAUCUACAUAUGCUGCUUUACUCAACUACUUGCAGAUUCGAGCAGAUCCUCUGGACAAACUUGGAGAAACUUCAGACAACUUCCAGUCUCUCUUGUUGGCUCCAAGUGAAACCCAGGAAGAACAAUUUCACAGAGAAAAUUAUGAUGUUGUCCGAGAAGAACUGCCACAUCUAGUAGAUAUUCUUGCAAUAGAAGCAGGAGUGGGUCAUCAUGUUUGUCAGGUAUUGGCUUUGACAUGUCUUAGCAGUCUUGCUGCUUUGGAACAGCGAGCCACACCACUUACCAAUGAUUCUUUAUUAUUGUCUCACCUGACCGAUCAUGGACACUUGCAUCGACUGCUAGAUGCCCUGAGUUCUGAUGACCAGAAGCUGCUGACUCUUCUUACUGCAGAUGAUGAUGACAUGCGACCACUGUACGUGUAUGAAGCUCGGAUGUCCCUCCUGGCUCGCCUGGCUCUCUCUCCAACUGGUGCUCAACAGUUGCUCCAGUCAGGACUGACCACCAGACUGUCGGAAAUGGAGGCUUUAAGCUACCGUCCAAUUCGAUACAUGCAGUCCACAGGUAGUGAGGACUUUCUACCAAGCACUGUCCAGCGAUAUCAGACUGUGUUGAUGGCAGCCCUAAGAGUGUAUUUAGCUGUUCUCACCUCUUUGGGAAGUGAUAAUUAUUCAGCUACUGCUCACUUGUUACGGUUCCUUGCUGCACACAGUGAAGCACUUGCAUCAGGACUUAUUGUGCCAAAUGUUCCCUCUGUACAAGCCUUGGAAGAAGUAGCUUUACUGUCCGCUGCUGUUGCUAGUGCCGCAACUCCUGGACACCUUGCUACCACAGAUCCAUCAAUGUUAGAAUCAGGAGCACAGGGAACAAGACUUCAGAAGCUGCUUUUGACACUGUUGCCGCAUGUUCUUCCACAGAGUCGCUUGGCAAAUGCAUUAGAAUCUUUGCCUGAAAAUGAAGAGGGUGUUAAUGUGAGGGAAAUGGCACGUACUGCCAUUCUAACCACACUUGCAUCAGUAUUAAAUUAUUCCACGUCGCAACUCAUUCAUGGCAAAGCUGCAGCCCGAGAUGUCACACUAAUGUUUAGAGCAUCCAUGGAUAAUGGGACACCAACCGGAGUGGUAGGAAGGCCUCUCUCACUUGCAGUGUUAGUGGAAUGUGCCAGUCAAGUGAGCCAGCAUUUCUUUGUAGCCAGAAAUGCAUGUGAGACUGCCACUGCACAUUUACAAGCACUGGAAGGUAACCAGCCUGUUGAGCACCUGCGGCAGUAUGUGAGUAGCACUUUGGCUGAUGCUGCCUCUCCAGCAGCAGUUCGGAGGUUAGCAGAAGAGCACCUUAGUCAGGUUGUGGCCAUGCACCGGCAACAGGAGCAACUGGCUGUACAUGCAGCUGAAUCUGCUGCUUUCCUUCUGUGGAAACACUUGGAAUAUUUCAUUUGUCAUGCUCCCACAGUCCCAGGAUCAGCACAGGAGGAUCCCACUGGCCGUGAGGUGGGUGUUGCUCGCACACUCACCCAAACAGAAGUUGAGAACCUUCGAAAGCAAGCUUUUUCAGCCCUACAAGAAGUGCUUCCACGCCUACAAAAGGUACAUGAAGAAUAUUCUGCACAAAAAGGACAUGUUGCCUUCCUGGCUGCAGCAGUUACCAGAAUCAGAAGAAUAUUAGUUCCAUAGUUUAAUAGUAACUUAGAAUAUAGUUUCACAUUAUUUAGAAAUUAAAUAAUUAGGUAGAGCAAUGAUUGAUUAGCCAUCAGUAAAAGCCUUGUUUUGAAUUGUCAGUAUAUUUGUGCUUUGUUUUAGUUUUUGUCAUAUAAAUUAUUGUAACUUUCUUGAAGGACAUAUGAAUGGCUCCAACUCAGUGUAAUGCUUGGUUAUUUGUUUCUGCAUAUCAGACUGUGUGGUUUAAGGUGUUAAGAGUUAAGGAAUAUGAUUCAGCUCUUCAGUUGAUGUGACCAGAAUGUAUCACUGCCAUCUGACAUUAAAUGUUGGACUUUGUAGUGUAGUGUUUGGGAAGUAGAUUACAAAGUGAGGAAACCAUUUGUUCGUGUUGGUCUUGAUCUGUCUGUUUGAUGUUCAUUUAUUACUUUUGAAGUAUUUCUCUUGUAUUUUGCCUUUAUAAUAUAUAUAUAUAUAUAUAUAUAUAUAUAUAUAUAUAUAUAUAUAUAUAUAUAUAUAUAUAUAU